AUGGCUUCGGAGGGUCCUGGACCGCUGCCGCCUGGCCCAGGCAUGGAGGACGAGAGAUCACUCGUCAUUCAGGUUCGGACGUGUGUAUGUAUCCACGGCACUCAGCAAGGCACUCGGUCAAUCACUCAAUCGCCGCGCGUGCCCGUGUGUGUGGAUGUGGUUGCAUUGCACUGGUGCAGGUGGUCAAGGGGCAGCUGAUGCCCUCCAAGAAUUCCUACAUCCCCACACUCAAAGAAAACAGAGCUGAAUCGCCACCAACUGCUGUUCUGGUCGGUACUGUACACUCACUAACACACGGCGCAUACACACACACACAUCUCCUUUCGCCACCUUUCUCUCUCAAUGACGUUCUCUCUCAAUGACUGACGCUUCUGUCCGCAGAAACCCCAGGAAGCCCCUUCAGCUGCGCCAGUGGCGGCCGCCCCAGGCGAGCUGUCAGCAGACGUGUCGCCCGUGUCACGCGCCGCCCGUGUGAGCCUCCCGUCAGUUGGCGGAGUGAGCGGCGCCCCUACCGUGCGGAGCAUUGACACUGACGAGGUGAUGUUAUGGCUCGACGCGGCUUCCCUACACGCCGUCAAGAAGGGAUUUGAGUCGCAGGGGGGCGUACUCACACUGCCAGAGGUAUGGGAGUGAGUGGAGUGGACGAAGGAACGAGAAAGUCACAUUGUGGACUCUCUGUUAUCCAUCCAUCCAUCGAUGCAUUCAGUUUCUGGAGCUGGUGCUGACGCAGCUGAGCCCGCCGUCCUCAUCGGACAUCGACCCCAGGAUGAUCCAGCCAUCAAAAGGGUCGGUAUUGAGAGCAUAUAGCUGACAGUGGGUGGGUGGCAUUGUGUGUGGCUGUUGUCAGGCAGGCAGGUGUCGCGAGGGGCAGCCCGAAGCACUGGCAGCAGCCGCAGACCAGUGAUGAGCACCGCAGACGGACGCCGGAAUUCACCGACGAGGAAAUCGGUGCGCAUGGCGACCGAGGGCAAGGGACAAGACAGACAGACGGGCAGUGUGGUUGCAUUUGUUUGUCCUUUGUGUUUGGCUUUGCCAUUCUGCUGUGUAUGUAUCAGAGCUCCUGACGGCAGCCAUCAUUGAGACAUUCAGAGUGGUAAGUUCCUCAAGCCUCAGGCGCUCUCUGAAUUACACACAGGGACACAAUGCAUAGGACUGACACCCACUGUGCUGUGCUUAUAUAUGUCAGGUUGACAUGAAUGGUGACGGCAAGUUGACCUGGGAGGUGGGAGAGACAUACACACAUACAUAUAUGUGUGUGUGUGUAAUUUAGUCGCGUCUGUCGGUAUGUAUGUGGGCUUGUUUGCCUUGCGCAGGAGCUAUCCAACUACAUUAUCGAGCUGGGAAUGAUCGGCAAGUAA